AUCAACAUGACGCCGUCCACCCCGAACCUCGACACCCACAUCCUCCACAAACUCGACAAAACCCUCCUCCCCCUCCUCUGGCUCCUCUUCACCAUCUCCUUCGCCGACCGAACCGCAAUCGGCAACGCCAAAAUCCAAGGAAUGUCGCACGACCUCAUCCUCACCGGAAACCGCUACAACCUCGCCGUCAUGACCUUCACCCUCGCCUACGUCCUCUUCGCAAUCCCCUCCAACCUCCUCUUCCGCAAACUCGGUCCCCAAACAUUACCGGCGAUGAUGAUCCUCUGGGGGAUAUGUGCUUUGGGACAAGGACUGGUGAAGACGUGGAGGGAGUUGGUGGUUUGUAGGUUUCUGCUGGGAACUUUUGAAGCGGGGUUUGUUCCGGGGGCGGCGUGCUUGAUUGGGAGUUAUUAUAGGAAAGAUGAGUUUUUGAAGAGGUAUGCUGUGUUUUUCAGUGGGGCGAUUUUUGCGGGGGCGUUUAAUGGGUUUGUUUCUUAUGCUUUGGCGAAGGCGGAUGGGGUGGGAGGGAUUGCUGGGUGGAGGUGGAUUUUUUUGGUUGAAGGGAUUUUGACUUGUGUUGUUGCUUUGCCGACGUUCUGGCUUAUACCUGCGUUCCCGGAAGAGACGAAGAUGUUUAAGGGGGAGGAGAAGGUGGCUCUUCUUGAGCGACUGCGGGAGGAUGGUGGAAGUGAGCCUACGGAAGGCAUGUGGACGCAUGUUAUGGAGGCGUUGCUUGAUUGGAAGAUCUGGCUUGCAACGUUGGCAUACAUCGGCGUCGAAGAGAAUGUGGCGUCCGUCGUAGCAUUCCUCCCAUCGAUUCUGAAUGGUUUGGGCUUUACCUCCAUCUCGGCUCAGGUCCAUUCGAUCCCGAUCUACAUGACGGCGUUUGCCAUGACCUUGAUCGUGGCCUACUUGAGCGAGCGACUGCGGCAAAGGUACUUCUUCGCCCUCUUUGGAGCCAUCCUCAACCUCAUUGGGCUCACGAUCAUGAUCGCUCAGCCAGGAUCUGCCAGCUUUAAGUACGCAGGUACGUUCCUGCUCACCGCUGGCUGUUAUAUUGCCAUGCCCAUCUUGGUGGUGUGGAACGCGAUCAACGUCGGCAAAGGUUACAAGCGCGUUGUGUCGUUUGCGAUGACAACAGCUAUCGGGAAUUGCGGCGCGUUCAUCUCCUCGAAUGUGUUCAUCACUCACGAAGCACCUGGGUAUCCGACCGGAUUCAAGGUUGGCAUGGGCAUGAAUUGCUUGGCGAUUUUGUCCAUGACCGUCCUAUAUGUGGUUCUGCUUUGGACUAAUCGACGAAGGAAGAUGGAAGGGUCUACGGAUUUUGAGAGGGUUGGUUCGAAUGAGCCCUUUUCUGAUGACAGGGACAGACGCUUUCGGUACGAGUUGUAG